CUCUUUUCGGAGAGCACCUUUGGUCGGGCGCACCUUCUCUCGCUUCCACAUUUGCCUUUCUCGUACCAUUGUGGCACUGUUUCUCUGUCGUUCCGCAACCGCGUCGCGCACCCCAUUCCCACUCCAUGCGCCCAACGUCGACGUCCCUCCCUCCCCCGCCCCGCGUCGCAGGAACCGGCGAGCGAACAUCCCCCUCGCGCAUAACCCCUCGACCAAGAGAGCGAUCUGUAACAACUAAAGUUCUCGUGAAAAGUUGAGCCGGGCCGCUCUCCUACACCCUCCUGCUAUAAUAGCCGCUCGCACUGGUCUCUCUACCGACCAUCGUCGCCGUCUCUCGCGCGCCGUCUCUCCCGUCUCUGUCCAUCUGUCCCACAUUCCGUGAGGCAAAGAGAGAGAAGGAGCGGGACGGACGUGUACGUGCGGAUAAAGGGAGGGAACAGGAGAGAGUGUGUGAGAGAGAGAGAGAGAGAGAGAGAGAGAGAGCAAGAGAGAAAGAGAAAAGGAGAGAGAGAGAGAGAGAGAGAAAGAAAGAGAGGGAGGGAGGAAGACAGGGCAAGCGCGCGCGAGAGAACGAGACGGAGGGAGAAAGAGAAGAGCCACGCCGGUGGACGACUCCGGUGGAUUAGGGAAUAGAAUAGUCAUUAUCGUGUAUACAUCCGUAUUCUACGAGCUAUCGGUCGCGCUCUCGUUCUCGGUUCUGAGAGUCGCGCUCGUCGGUGGAGUGGCGAAAACGCCGUGGCAAGGCCGCCGGUUUCAGUGGUGGUGUGCGCGGUGUCGAGAGAUCGAACGACCUAGCCCAUCUCUUUUCUGACAUUGGACCGCGCCGCCGGCGAGAGUAUUGCGCGCCGGGCCACGGUGUGUGUUGGAGUGCGAAUUCGGCGGGGGCUGCUUCGCCUGGAUUAUCUCGGGGGCUCAAGACGAGGAAUAUCGACGUGGGAGCAACGGUGCCGGUAAUUACAAGUGCUCGCGGAUAAAACGUAUAAUUUGGACGUCGAGGACGUCUCUUUAGGGAGACCGCGGCGGGAGGGUGGUCGUGCUGGGGGCCGAGGGGGUGGUGAUGUGGCCGAACAGUCUUGGAGGUACUUCCGGCUGCAGCGGGGGCGCCGGCGCCGCCGAUCUCGGGGGCCUCGCCGCCUCCACCACCUCGGCCUCCGACCUCUUUGGGCCCGCGGCGUUCGGCGCGUCCGCCGCGGGGCCCUACGGCGCUCUCAAGACAGCGCCCUACAUGGGUCUCAGCAUGCCGAUCGAUGCGUUACACUCCACCAUCGGUUAUCCCGGUUGUACCCCCGCCGGUGAGUCCGUCUACUGUAAUCCAAGAAAGCAACGGCGGGAGAGGACAACAUUCACGCGAUCGCAGUUGGAUAUACUGGAGGGGCUUUUUUCAAGAACAAAAUAUCCUGACAUUUUUAUGCGUGAGGAAGUGGCUAUGAAAAUCAAUUUACCGGAAUCGAGAGUACAAGUAUGGUUCAAAAAUCGGAGAGCUAAAUGCCGACAACAGCAGAAGCAGCAACAACAACAACAGGAUAAGGCGCCGAGAUCGAAAAAGCCCUCGGGGAGCCCGGCUAAUAAUCCACCCCCUGGAAAAAGUCCUUCAAUUACCACUCCGCCUACGCCCGCCGCCGCGGUACCUGCUACUACGCCCUUGAGCGGAGGCACUGGCGGCUCAGCGGCAAGUUCGCCGGCGCUUUUAAGGGACUCGCCGCAGUAUAAGCCUGCGGGAAACGCUAGUUUGCUGUUAGCAGCUAGCACGACUCCACCAAGCUUAGGUGGCACAGUGUACAGCAGCGGCGGUGGCAGUAGCAUCUGGAGUCCAGCGGUAACGGAGAGUGGUGGAGGAUUUCCAGGUGACCAUCAAAGGUUAACGUGGACGACAACCCCUUCCCAGCAACAGUGCUAUCAAAAUUAUUCGUCCUACUAUACCAAUAUGGAUUACCUCUCGCCCGCCUCGCAUCAAUUAAACGUGGACAAUGGCGGUAGCGGCCUUGAUAAUUCAUGGAGUAAAACGAGAGACGAAGGUACUUCAUCUUGGUUUUACAAUAGCGCCGGAUGGGGCGAUCGUAAGUGAACCUACAAGGAUCGAAGAACGAAGCCUGAGUACAUAUCAUCGACAAUAGUGAAGUUAUACGGCUUGAAUCGAAGUUUAUUGUAACGCGAUGCCAAAUAAAACGAGGGAGUUCUACUUCCGAUAAAUGUCGAUACAGACUAAACAUAUCUUUAAUAACUCGGCCAAGCAUUCGGACGCUGUGGAAUGUAGAAGCCGAUUGAGAGUGCCAUACGUAUCUUUCAGCAUUUAUUAAUACGGUAUAAUUUAAAUAUACAGGAUGUCCUAUACACACAUAUCUAAUUUUAUUAUUUGUGUAGAAUAUUUUCUUUACCAUCAGAAUCUCCAAAAAGUUUUAUCUACGAAAAAUUAUGCUAUUUUGCAGGAAGUAUUAUUAUUUGCAUCUACAACGUUACGUUCAAAAGUAUUGAUGUUUACACGAGAUAUUUCAUAGUUUACAUGAAAACGAAAAUGCUAUUAAAUAUAUCUAGAAUAAAAUAGUUUGUAAAGUAAAAGAUAUCUUUGUAUAGUACUACUUUUCAAUAAUCUUACUUUAACAUUUUUAUAUGCAGAAUGACAAAAAGAACCAAUUUAUGUAUAUAAAAUGAACUUAUUUCUAUCUCUAAAAACAUUAAGCGAAUCUUUAUAUGUAUUAUAAGCACAUCUUCAUUUAUAAAAAACGUAUUACCAUCCAAUGUUUUAUAUGAUAUAAAUUUCAUUAGAAUUUAUUUUAUUUUAACACAAUGCAUUUUAGACAUUUGUUAGAUAAUAAAGUUAAAUGGGACAUCCUGUUAUAUAUUAAAUUGUUUUUCUGUUGUCGACAUAUAAUGCAAUCAUGUAAUAUUCUUUAAGAAAUUUUGAUCUGCGCGAGCUUUGCGAAACGUGUUACGUGUAUGCGAGGUAGUUUUAACUACCACAUAAUCUGUCUUAUUUACAUCUCGAAAUCCGUGUCAAAUUAUUAUUAUUAUAUUAAAUAAAAUAAUUGUUUAUAAUAUUAGAAAUACAUAAAGAUCUCAAAUUGAUGGAAAUAAUGGUAUUUUAAAAAGAUGUUUCGUAUUUUGAUAGUUGUUUCAAAAUUUUUUGAUAGUGCAAAAUUACUUAAUAUAUCAACUAGUCACGUUAAUAAAAUAAAGAUUGAGAAAUUAAUACAUUAAAGAAAGUCAUCAUAAAAAGAACAACUAUAAUGUAAUUAUGCAUAGCCUUUCUUUGCAUAAAUCAUUACUUUAUAUCCAUACCCGAUUUUAUAAUGAUGUUAAUGAAUUAUUCGAGUAAUGAUUUUACAUCUUUUAUUAUCACAAACAAUGACUUUUUAAUGGUGUACUAUAAUCGGUUCAUGUGAUCUCCGGGACAAAUAACUAUAUUGUGUACAUAAUAUAUAUAAAUAUAUAUACUUUUACGAUAUUAAAGGAAAUUAACUUAGAUUCACACAUGUUAAAAAGAUAGUGGAAUACUUUCAAACAAUUUAGUUCUCCAUAUAAAAAAAAACUUUCAAGAAGAGGUAUAUGCGUAUGUAUAGGUACACUCGACAUAUGUACCAUGUACAUAAAUUAUAUAUAAAAGCAUAUAUAUAUAUAGUGCAAGUCUCUCUGUGUACAUAUGUAUCAUUUUUUCGUGUAGAAAUACACCACCUGAAUAUCGAAAUGAACUCGUUAUGACAUCGAAGUUGUUGAUCGUCUUCUUUUUAAAGACUCUUAUUUCGUAUGCAAAAUAAAAUACUUUACCUUUUAUAUAAAUUUAAUAAAUAGCGUACACCGUCCCGCUCUCAGAAAAUUCGCAUUGAUUGUUUUUCGUAUGAUAUUAUCUUUGUACACAAAAAAAGGGCGAGAAUAUAGAAAAAACCGUUUCAAGUGAUACUCAUCAUUAAUUCCCCAGUUUUCAAAACAGAUUUUCUCAUAAAAACUUGCUUUGAAAAGUCUUUCUAUUCUACACGGUUGAAUUCUUUUUGCGCGAGAAUUUAUCCGAUUUUAUACUACCACAUCUUGUAUUCGUUAUUCUUGAACAAUCAAAUAUUGUAAUAUGCGAUUUUUUCAAAUUAAUAUUCGAUUAAAAAUAUACCAUUCGUUAUUCUUAUCGUCCCUCUUUUUAACACAAGAUAUACAAUAAUUUACAGGUGAUUUCUGUCAUUCAUAUAUUACUUAAACUUUUGUAGCAGUUGAUUAAGUUCUUGUGAACUUUGUGUAAAUAAAUCCAUCUAUUAUCCACGUGCAAAAAAUGUUUCAAAUUCAACCAAACAAUUUGCGUAUUAUUUUUGGUAAAACUUUUGUCAAUCAAUAUUGCCGAUAUUUUGGGAAAAAGAGAUCUUCGACAAUGAAGCUUUAUAAAAAAAAUAAAAAAAAACUAAACUGAAUGCCAAUUGUUCUCUACACAAACGUGUGGUGAACACUGAUCGAUUAUAGGAUAGAUAAAAAGAAAAGAUCCAUAUAUAAAGUGAAAAAAGACAAUUUAAGAUUUAUAGGAAUAUAAGUAUGUGACUGUUUAGAUUGUUAUUAUAAAUAUUAUUAAUGCUUAUAAAAUGAUCGACACGGAAAACAACGACGUACAUGUCUCAAGAUGUAUGAAGAUAAUAUAACAAAUUUGAAUUGUA